UUCAGGUUGAUAUCCGGUUAAAUACCCAGGUGCGUGAAUUACUCGGAAUCUUCUUCUAAUACAUUUAUAAUUCUUAUAAUGUGUUUCCCUACUACCAGAUACACACAUACAUAACAACACUAUCCUUUAUGAAGCAUUUCCGAUAUCAGAUGACAUUGAUGUAACAGAGGAUACAUUCUCAAUAUUUAUCAUUAUUUAAAGACCAAAUGAAUAUCCUAUACACAGCAUACAUAUAAAACUGUUUCUGUAAAUCUGGUUGAAUAUUGAGAUUAUUAGCAAUAUUUCAUUACAUCACUGGCUGCUGUGUUUACAAGAUGAAUUUGGAUUAAUCAUACAGAGAUAUAAAUGUACAAAAGCAUUGUAAGACAAAGGUAACACAGAACAGGAAUGUAGCAGUUAGAAAUGUCCGUAAGAAGUGAACUACAAGAUCAAAAACAAGAAAUAUCUAUGGUGAUUUCAGAAGAAAAACUAUGGAAAUAAAUGAGAAACCUGAGGACUUGGUUUUUCCUGAAGAGAGAAGGAAAUUAUCAUAUGAUUGUGAGAUCUGUAAAAAGUCCUUCUCUCAAAAAUGUAACCUGACUAUGCACCAACGUAUUCAUACAGGAGAGAAGCCUUAUCACUGUGAUGUCUGUGGUAAAUCAUUUUCGCAAAGUAAUAGCUUAACAAUACAUGUACGUAUUCAUACAGGAGAGAAGCCAUACGUCUGUGAUUUCUGUGGUAAAUCAUUCUCAGCAAGUAAUGAUCUAAGUAUACAUAAGCGUAUUCAUACAGGAGAGAGGCCAUAUCACUGUGAUAUCUGUGGCAAAUCAUUCUCUAAAAAUGUUAGCUUAACUAUACACAAACGUAUUCAUACAGGAGAGAAGCCAUAUCACUGUGAUAUCUGUGGUAAAUCAUUCUCUCAAAGUAGCCACUUAACUAUACAUGUACGUAUUCAUACAGGAGAGAAGCCAUAUGUCUGUGAUUUCUGUGGUAAAUCAUUCUCUGCAAGUAAUGACUUAAGCACGCACAAACGUAUUCAUACAGGGGAGAGACCAUAUCAUUGUGAUAUUUGUGGUAAAUCAUUCUCUAAAAACGUUACCUUAACUACACACAAACGUAUUCAUUCAGGGGAGAAACCAUAUCACUGUGAUAUCUGUGGUAAAUCAUUCUCUAAAAAUGUUACAUUAACUAUACAUAAGCAUAUUCAUACAGGAGAGAGGCCAUAUCGCUGUGAUAUCUGUGGUAAAUCAUUCUCUGCAAAUAGCGACAGAACUAGACAUGAACGUAUUCAUUCAGGAGAGAAGCCAUAUCAUUGUGAUAUCUGUGGCAAAUCGUUCUCUGUAAGUAAUGACUUAGGUACACACAAACGUAUUCAUACAGGGGAGAGGCCGUAUCACUGUGACAUCUGUGGUAAAUCAUUCUCACAAAGUUUUGCCUUCACUUCUCACAAACGUAUUCAUACAGGAGAGAAGCCGUAUCACUGUGACAUCUGUGGUAAAUCAUUCUCUCAAAGUUUUGCCUUGACUUCUCACAAACGUAUUCAUACAGGAGAGAAGCCAUAUUACUGUGAUAUCUGUGGAAAAUCAUUCUCUAAGAAUGCCACCUUAACAACACACAAACGUAUUCAUACAGGUGAGAAGCCAUAUGACUGUGAGGUCUGUGGUAAAUCAUUCUCUAAAAAUAUUUCCUUAACUACACACAAGCGUAUUCACACAGGAGAGAGGCCAUAUCAAUGUGAUAUUUGUGGUAAAUCAUUCUCUGCAAAUAGCGACAGAACCAGACACGAACGUAUUCAUUCAGGAGAGAAGCCAUUUCACUGUGAUAUCUGUGGCAAAUCAUUCUCUCUAAGUUGUCACUUAGUGGAACAUAAACGUAUUCAUACAGGAGAGAAGCCGUAUCACUGUGAUAUUUGUGAUAAAUCAUUCACUGUAAAUAGUGCCUUAACUAAACACAAACGUAUUCAUACAGGAGAGAAGCCAUACUUGUGUGACAUCUGUGGUAAAUCAUUCUCUCGGAGCAGCAACUUAAAUACACAUGUACGCAUUCAUAAAGAAAUAUAAUUCCAUCAAUGUAAAAAUUCGUAACAAAUAUUUUAAGCUCCAUCACAGUGCAGUGCUGUCUUAUGUUUUAGCUGCCACAACUAAUUCACUCAGCGAGCUGGCAGAAACGUUAGCAUGUCGGGCGAAAUGCUUAGCGGUAUUUCGUCUGCCAUUACGUUGUGAGUUCAAAUUCUGCCGAGGUUGACUUUACCUUUCAUCCUUUCGGGGUC